ACAUUUCGCAGGAUGACGCGCAACCUCGCCCUGCUCCGGAAGGCAAUAAACCUCCCUCCUCACAGUUCCUAUUGGUUCGGGAAAAUUGGCUUCCGAUACCAAACUUUCGUUAUUAAGGGCGCCCAAUAGCCCUUUCAUUGUCUUUGAGAGUCCUCUUGAUCCGUUCAUGAGCAGCACUAUUGAACCAUAGGAAAAGGCUUGCGUAGGAUAUUAUAUUCAUUACCGGUAAUGCGGAUACCCGUCGUGAGAGGUUUUGCUCGCUAAUCCUUUUGGGCGCAGUGUCUGCAUCCAGAGCGUGCGCUGGCGAUACUACCCGUACGGACAGAUUUGCUCCGUUUGCAAUACUUAAAAGGUCCGAACGGACUGGGAAAGAGUCGACGUGAACGGCCCUGUCCCCCCAGCGAUCAAGCUUCCUCCUUCUCUCCUCUUUCCCUCUUAAACAGGGCGGAGCGAAGGGCAUCGAUAAUUCUUAACGCUUUGGCGGCCCGACGAUAGUUUCAGCUACUGUUCGUCCUUGAUACCCCAACACGGGUCUUGAAAUGUCUGCCGAUUCGGGGGAGCGCCUCGUGCAACUUUACGUCUAUGAUUUAUCUCAAGGUGAAAACAUCGCCGACAGUUGGGUGAUCGGGAUUAUCUCUGCUGACAACUUUAAUAUCGGUAGGCAUGGCAAGAGAGGUGCGGCUAUGUGUUCAUUUUAGUGCUGCUUGCAUAGUUAACCCUAACAAUAUCAUCCUCUUUCCAGAUGUCUCUUGGACUCUUGGGUGUUCAAAUCGGUAUUAUAAUGGGCCACAUCUUUCUCUGGGUCUCGGAGAUACCUGCGCAUCAUGCUGAUAAACCCUAGAUGCGGUUUACCACACCAGUAUUGUAGUUGGAGGAAAGGAGCACUAUUAUGGCAACCCCCCCCUUCUCCUUGUGGAUUAGCAGGGUUAACUUUCCUUAGGGCAUGGAAUUCAAUUUUCCCAGCCUGGAAAAAGUCACCAUGGCAGCCCGAUGGAGGUUGUGGCUUUGGGGGUGACCGCAUUACCAGAUGACGUAAUAUCGGGUUACCUUGACUCUCUCCGGUCCAUAUACUCUCCAGAAGCCUACGAUCUAUUCGCGCACAAUUGCAAUAAUUUCACCAAUGACAUGGCCCAAUUCCUAUGUGGUCGUGGGAUACCGACUCACAUUACCUCUCUCCCGCAGACUGUUUUAGAUACGCCUUUUGGCCAAAUGCUUAGACCUAUGCUUGAUAGGGCGAUAAGGCCUGUCACUACUGCACCGAAUGUGCCGACAGAAAACGGAACCCUUGGCACCGCUCUGCAUGGUCCUUCUAAAGUAAUAGUGGCAAACUCGCUUCACGACCUGGAGGCAGUCUUGAAGAGUGCUGAAUCAUCUUGUGCGGUGAUAUUUUUCACUUCCGCUUCAUGUCCACCAUGCAGAGCCAUAUAUCCUCGUUUUGAACAAAUUGGUUCGGAAGCUGCAGGCAAAGCCAAGUUUAUCAAGGUCGAUAUCGGCACAUCUUACGGUGUUGCUCAGAAGUUUCAGGUUUCUGCGACCCCUACAUUUAUGACUUUUCUCAAGGGGGAAAAGGUUGACCAAUGGUCGGGGGCACACUACGGUGACCUGACAAGCCGAAUUGAGACGUUGCUUAGAAUGGCUUACCCUCGUAAUUAUUCACCCUUUGACCUUGUCAUCAUUUAUCGCCCACUGAUAUCCAUUCAGCUCACCCCCAUACAAACGUCAAUCUUCGGGUAACACUCAGCACAUCGAUGAACCCAGUGACAUUUGUCAAGGUACCUCCCCUAGACAAGGUUGUGGAGAAACUCGGCCCCACGGGAAAAAAUCCCGUUGUGACAUCAAUGAGGGAGUUCAUAGCGCUUCGAGAUUCCCACGGCGCAAUUGAAGCCCCCCUUCAAAAGCUCUCAGACUGGGCGACCUUCCUACAAGAAUCCUUUGCAGGGCUCCCCGUAGCGACACUGUUCCCACUGGUAGAUUUGUUCCGAGUUACCCUUUCAGAUCCCAGAGUCUCUGGCUGGUUCGCCGAAGAAAAAAGUAAUAAUCACAAAUUAUCACUCGUUCUUUUUUAUUUUAAAGCUAACACCUGUGCAGGCAACGCUACUAUCAAAGCUUUGCUAUCCUAUGUUGCGGAUCACACAUCAAUCCCCUACCCACUCCGCCUUGUCACGCUACAGGCCACCUGUAAUCUCUUCACUUCACCUCUCUUCCCUCCCCACUUGACCUCCCCGUCCCUCUCUCAUCUGGUAACAUCACUGAUAACUACAUCACUAUUGGAUAAAUCUCAUAUCAAUGCACGAGUCGCGGCCGCGUCAUUGGCGUUUAAUCUAGCGACACAUGUGCAGAAGCAGAGAGCGGUGCACAACCAGGAGGCACUUCAGGACGUGGAGUUCAUAGCGGCGGUUGUAGAAGCAUUAAGGGAGGAGAAGGACAGUAAGGAGGUUGUGAAGGGGCUCGCGUUAACCGUUGCGCUAGUGUCUUAUUGCGCGCCUUUGGGCGGUGAGAUAUUGGAGUUAUUGCAGGUUCUGGAGGCCGGGGGGGUUCUUAGUGAGAAGGCGAAGGCAGGUAUGGGGGAGAGGGCACUUUGCCAGGAGGUGGCAAAGCUGCUGGGGGCUUGAUGUUGUCGAGGGGGGUCUUGUUUGGGAAUGAUAGGUUCCCUAGUUUACUUUGUUGGAUGUAUAUGGCAGAUUUCUCAUGUCCUCCCUGACCCGUUGCAAUAGAUGGGAUAGCGAUUAGAACUGGUUAAUUUUAAACAUUUUUAUUGUUUGAAGCUACUAGAGUUCACGACCUGGAAAGUGUGGCUUAAGACAUGAUAAGCCCACUUUCCCUGGAGGAUAAAAAGGAUAGAGCUAGAGGAGUAGGUACAUAGAUCCCCAAAGAGAGGUGUGAGAGCUCAUAGGUGUUAAUAAUUGGCUUUCCGAGUUCUCACCACUCCCCUCCCCUCCCCACUCCAUCCCAUCCCCUCUAGAUUUGUUUAUCCGUGUGGAUUAACUACUUCCGUGACGGUAGCAAGCACUCCUUGGUACGUGCAUUCGCAAACCUGGACCUUGGGAUCCAUUGCCUUACCGCCAUCCAGGGUGCACGCAUUUGUCGACUCGUGGCUCCUAAGUGAACGCCAUCAACCGAAAAAUCUCCAAAAGGUGAAGGGAAAGGAAAAGGAGAGAGAGAAAGAGAGAAAAUGUAAAACUUACACCUCAAGCACAUAUACCCCAUCCUUCCCCAGCCAGAGCUCAGCCUUUUCAACAACCUCACAGCCGUUGCUGCUGGCAUGCCAGUAUUUCUUCUUGGUGCUGUUCCCGGAGUAGUACCACUGCUCCCCGAAACGACCUACAAGCACCAUGUAAUCCUGGAACACCCAGAGCGAGGUGCCAACGGCGUAGCCGCCCGGUUUGAACUCGGCGAUGGUUGCCUCGAAGCGGGCGUUUUCCGCGCAUUCCUGGAGAACAGUGGUGCCGGUGCCAUCCCCGCAGGUGCCGGAAGAGGAGACGAGCGGGGAAACGCUGUCAAAGGUGCCGGUCCAGAGUUGGAAAUUGGCGUAGGCGGAGGGGGUCUGGGUGGCUCCGACGGUGGAAGUGACCGCUGCCAUCCUCUUUGCGAGAGUGCUGGGGGUGGUAGUGGUACUAUCCUGCCAGUCUGUAAUGAUAAUAGAAUUGGGGGUGUCAUUUGGCACCGACAAUUCUGGGAGUUGGGGCGUACCCACACCACGACUGGUUGUAUGCAUUUACUAUUAGCACUCGCUCGCUCGCUCGCCUCCCACAAUUUCAAUUCAAUUCAAUUCAAAUUUCUGGACAUACGUAUAAGUGUCGAGAGAUAUCCCGCCGCUCUUGUCGUUCCGCCAAAAAGUGGCCAGGAAGAAGGCGACGAAGAUCACGAUCACAAGAAGGAGUGAUGUACACGCCCAGCGGUUCCU